AUGUAUAUCAUCGUUAGUGGGGCUCUCCUUCGGCCGACCGGUGGCUUGCUUGACAUUUCCGAUCCCGGACAAGGUCCACCAAACACACUUCCUACAUUGUCACUUGUACAAUAUAAAACAGAAUUUGUCUCAUUUAAGAUUUCGCUCAAGGAAAUUUCCGACUCCUCUGACGGGCCUCUUGUGUCUGUCACUGCUCCAAAUACGUAUUCGACGGUUCAUCCCGCACUAGUUAACAUUACAAGCAUAAGCUGUACUAAAGAUGGCAAGGAAUGCGACCAUAUUAACAAUGCUCGGUGUAAUAAUCAGUUUGGAAAAUGCGAAUGUUUAAGCGGCUACAUUAUGGAUGCUGCCAAAUGCAAUGCAGUAACCGCUGCAAAGAAGCAUCCGACGGCUCUUCCUGCACUUGAAACUAAAAAAGUCGGCCUAGAUUUUGCAAUUGAAGUGGGCAAUGAUUUAACAAAAUUUGAUGUGGAUCUUACAGAUCCUAAUUCACCAAAAUACAAGGAAUUCAAACAUUCUUUUGAGACAAAGCUUAUAUCAGUUUUUAACGACACAAAAGGCUAUUCUAGUAUAGAAGUAACAGGCUUCAGAAAAGGUUCUAUAAUUGCUGAUUACAGAUUGAUUCUAAAUUCGUUCGAUGUCGCUAAGAAUGCUUUAUCCUUUAUCAAAGCAACGGUUGUACCGCGGAUUACAAAUAUUUCACCAAUACAAAAUCUUCCUGUAAACAAGCAAUUCGUUCAAAAUAUCAUGGAAGAAAAGUUGAAAACAUACAGCUCUGGAUGUGAAGUUUUCUCUAAAGACAUUUGUCCUGUUGGUUUCACUUGCAAAACAAAUAGCAUUACUCAUAAACAUUAUUGCGAAAACCUGUGUAUAAAGGACGACAAGCCGUUAUGUGGGGACAAGGGGGAAUGCUACGUAGAUGCUGUAAAUUAUACAGCACGAUGCAGUUGUAUCAGUAGUGACGGUUAUGUAUAUCAUGGCGAACAUUGUGAACACAAGACAGAGGAGUUGAAAAUGAACUCGAAAUACAUCAUAGCUAUAGGAGCUGGAUGUGGUGGAGCACUUCUUCUUAUCACUGUAGUUUCUGUAAUAUGCUUUGUCCGAUUAAAAAGAACAAAGUCGAAGUCGCCAAUUGAUGACAAGGAUACACAAUUUAAGUCAAUGGGUAUGAUGGACAUACGGCGCGACAGGUUCGGCGGUCAACGUGAAAGUUUUUAUGCACAAAGAAAGAACACGAUAGAAAACGAAUAUCAUUCAGGUCUUCCGAAUCAAGAUAUUAAAUAUUUGCAGGGUCGUGAACAUAAAAUUUUUACAAGGAAACGAGAAAGGGAUGAAGUUACAUUCAAUUAUUAUUUUAAUUAUAUACUUAAUCUUUAA